AUGGCAAAACGGACCGAUGAUGCCGACUACGAUGCCGGCGAAACGUUUGAGAAUGUACCAAGUCCACGGUCAGAUGCUGGGAAUCAUGACAACCACUAUGGAAGACGACUUCGGACUAGGUGCGUUCCACAUAGUCGCCAUGACAACAAGACCAAGUUGCGACAACGAGGUCAACCCACUUCUAUGCAAUCUUGCUCUGAUGAUGUCUGUCACGGUGGUACAGACGAAAGCUUGGCACAGCUUCAUCUGGACCGCAGGACGGUGCGCCGAGGACUGUUUCGUACAAUUCGACAGUCCUCCAUUGGUUUCUGA